GCAAACAAACACAUGUUCUACACCUAGCCGGCCUCUCUCUCUCUUUGCACAUUCUGGAUAGUAUUUAGCCACUUUGAAGGAGAAUGGGCAGUUCAGAGAAGGAGCUGCUGUUCUAUGAGACGUUUGAUCACAGUGCUUCAGAGGGUGAGCUGCAUGUGGACCUGGUGCGGUUCUCUACCCCAGCAAUGGUACGAGAAGUGAGGGUGGUUCCCCCGGGCCAGAGGGUACACUCCGCCGAAGAGAUCAACAAGAUCGGGGAGACCACUCCAUCCACGUUCACACUCAGUGUCUACGUGAACGACAGCACUAACCCACUUGCACCGACCUUUGACCCUGUUGGAAGUGUUGACUACCAGUCUGAUGCUGUGGCCCUCUCCAUCAAGCCCAAGACCUCCUCUGAUAUGCUGGUUGUCAGCGGGCUCUACAAUACGCUGACCAUAUGUAUCUAUGGUAACGUGGCCCCACCCCCUUCGACUACUUCCCCAUUUGGCCCCUCCUCUCCCUCCAGAAAUCGUAGGGGAAGUCCCUACUCAGACAGUUACAGUGAUGAUCGCAGUCGCUCAGCCUCGCCUGGCAGGGGAGAGGUCAAGGAGGGUGGGUUUGACCUUUUUGAACCGUUCUCUCCCGUCAAUUCUCCGGACCACCUGUUUGAUCUUUCAGACGAUGAUAUGGGCGGAGAGAAAAGAUCAGCUACUGGUUAUGAGGAAUUUUCCGAUGAUGAGAUAACGUUCGAUGAUCACGAGUUUGACAAUCAAGAGGGUGCUGAACCAUCGUUCCUGUACAGUGAGGCUGCUUGGCUGACCAGUGGUUCAGGGUUCAACCCCUACCAGUGUAACUUCACUAAACUGGAGUCGUACCCUGUGAUGAGUGAGACCCCCCACGAGAGUCUCCUGCUCAAGCUACAGAGGAACGAGGGGGCGGUGGGUAAGAGGGGGACAGUAGACGAGGCAUCACGACUCAGGGACAUCAUCGCUAAGACCAAGGACGUCACUCAACCACAGAAGUGGGUUGAGAUGCUUGAAGAGAUACCGACCCACCUCUACCCUGGACUGGCUCAGCUGCAGAAGAAGUCCACCUCUGAUGGUAAGGAGGUGAUGCAGAAGCUGGUCACGUGGACACUGCAGUGCCUGUCAAUGGACCACAUUGGAGAACUCCCUAUUAUGUUGAAUAUCCGCUCCCUGAAGGCUGGACUACGAAUGGUGACUAGCGUGGCGUCCCUCGGUCGCAAGUGUGCCCACGCCUUCAUCAAACACGGUGUGAUAGACAGACUCUCCUACCUACUACUAGCUGACAGUAUGGCCUCGUCCCUCAAGCUAAUGGCCCUGAGGGCACUGGACAAUCUGAUUGACUACCCCCAGGGCAUGGAGCAGCUACUAGGGUGGAGCAGCUCAGAGUUUGAAGGGGACACCACUUAUCAGUUACUACUCCAAUUAGCCCUCACUAAACCAAGUGUGCGUGUGAUGAAGGCUCUGGGUGCUCUCCUCUCAAAGGCUCACAUCUACGAGUUACUAGGCAACCUACAACAACUGACGGCAGGUGUAGUGUCAGUGACUCCUGUGAAGACUGCUCCCUCUAACCCUGAUGAUGAUUUCUGGAAUGUUAGAGAUGAAGAGGGCGUGGCAUUGAGUGUGAUCAAAGAAGAGGCGGAUAAUGGUGUCGGGUCAAUGGAGGUUGAUAAAACUGUCGAGUCAGCAGAGGUAGAACAGAUGGAUGCGGAGGAGUCAUGUGACAUUGUAACCGGCCAAUCGGAUGUGAAUAUGGAGGAGGGUGGUGGUCAGCUGGAGGAGGACACUGUGCUGAAGAUUGUCCAGUGUUUGGAGGAGCUCAGAAAAUGCAUUGAAACUUCACAACACACUAUAGUGCAGCCCUCCACCAAAUCCUUCCCCACACAAACCCGCUGCUUCCCUGAGUCAGACUCUGAGUAUUACUCCUCUCUGGUCCGCAUGUUCCAAGCACGUCGUCUCCUCGAGUGUCUACUCAUCCUACUGACUGCUCCCUCUGCAGCUGUAGAGCUAAGAGUCUUCUCAGCCGUUAGAGAGCUGCUUCUUUACUUCAUGAGCAGUUUGAAUGGUCUCUUGUUCCUGUCUGGGUCUCCGGGGGUGAUGAAUAUUCUCACACGAGCUCUCAUACAAACUGUGGAUACGGAGAUGCCGUUAUCAGCCAUGCAACCUCUCCCAGAGUAUCUCACAGCUGAUGGCUCUGACUCCUGUACUGCCCAGAACCUGGGUCUGCUGCUCACCUUCCAUAUACAGAUUCUGCAGAGUAUGGAUGUGCUCAAGAAGUCUCCUAAACUCAACAUGGCGGACCUCGAGUCACCUGACACCAUCGGAGCUCUCCACACUCUCUACUCUAUGACACUCACUCCCAUUGGUAAACAUGCUGUUGCUGGUGUGCUUGCCCUGGGGGACAGUGUGACGGCCCUCCUCCCUUUCGUGGAGCCAUGGUCUCAGCGGGAACACGAUCACAAGCUCAAGAGGUCGAGUGUGUCCAGUCGCUAUGCAGCAGUGCUCAUCCUGCAGCUGUUACAGAGUCAAGUGAGAGGUGAUUUCUUGAUCAGCUAUGGUAGUAGACUGUUAACGGUGGCUGACUUUUUUAAAGACAACUCUAGUCCGACAAUGUCUGAUCUCUACAACUGGCUCCACCCUCUCAAGGAUCUCUCAGCCCACGACUACAAGAAGUCCCUGCCCUCCCUCGUCAAUCUUAUUAAAGAAUCGACCCCUUUCAUUAGCUCCACCAAGCCGGGGAAGGGGAAUUCCCCUAUCAUAACCUGCCUCAGGCUGAUGCUGUGUUACAUAACACCACCACCGCAAGAGAAAGGAGAGGAUCAACGAGACCUGAAGUGGGUGGAGGCUGUGAUUGUCCUGUUCUCCUCUGGAGUGCUGGACACACUCGUGACUCUGUUGGACAAGUUCUCUGAGACGUUCCUCCCCUUGUGGGGUCAACAGGUCUCCCUCUCUGUGACCAACGCUGGCAUCCUCUGCACCCUCGUCAGUCUCACUCUCAAGGUGGUGAAGGUUGUGCUGGUGCAGCUGUUAUCAGAUGGUGACUACCAGUACCAGGACAUGAGGGUGGUGACAGCACUCCUACGUGUACACAUGGUCCUCUGCUCUGCCCCACAGUCCUCAGUCGUAUCACACGCCACACCAGAGAUCCAGUCUCUGAUGGUGGACAUUCUGACUCUGUGCACUAAACCAGAGCUGCUCUCCAGAGAUCCCUCCACCCCUCCUGAUGUGAGACAGAGUUGUUGGUGUCUGAUGUUGGAGGAGGUGUUCAAGCACACACUCACCUCACCACACUGUUUUCUGAGUGGCCUGAUUAUCCUGUCAGAGCUACUGCCCCUCCCACUUCCUGUACAGGCACCUCAGGAUGUAGAUGAAUCAGCUAUGACCUUUGUACUCUCGGCCCGGCGUGAGUGGGUGGAGCAUUUGGAGCCAUUUAACUCUGAGAUAAUGGAGGUGCUGGAGACGCUCCUCCCGAGUGGGACCACACCUCUGCAACAAGCACUCAGGAGAUUCUGUGCCCAGCUGGUUGAUCUGAGUCUGAACUUUGCACUCUCCGUCACUGGUCAUGUGAUCCAGAACACUAUUGCCGAGAUUGAGAAACAUCUAGAGCAGCCGGAAGGGUCAGAGGUCAGCAUGGAGGAGGAGGAGGCAACAACCGAUAACAAGAAAACAUCCAGUUCUGGAGUGCUUCGUACUUUGACCAUGUGUGCUGUGCUGUGUCAGCAGCCUGUAUUCAAAGUGGGUGUGGUCCAGCUGUUACGAGAGAGUGGGGGUGUGCCUCGGUUCAUCCCCCUCCUCCUGUUCAUGGUCCAGCGUAAAGAGAGCACCUUGCAAGCCAAGCUCAGUGUCAUGUCCAUUCUGAAUGCACUGUGCAAUGUCUACCUGUACCUUGUACCUGCUAGCCCUGAUGAUGGAAUGGAUGCUCCACCCAUCCAAAUGGGUAAUCCAGCUGACUGCUUGCCCACUCACGCUCAGUUGGAGUCCAUCACCUCUGCUGUGUUUGGUCAUGUGACAUCACCUGACCAACCGCUGGCUACUGUUCUAGGGGGGUUAAAGGUCAUCCUGUGCCUGUGUCAGCACAACAUGGGACUGCAACAUGUGUACAGCAACCUGUCUGCUAAUAUCAGCGGCCUCACUCGACUGCUGGAGAGGAUUCAAACCACCAUUAGGGGGUCCUCACCGCCCCCUCCCGACAGUUUGGGCUGUGUGUCCUUGUUCCUGGAUCUGCUGAAUGCUCUCCUCUCUUGUCAGAUCAGUGGACUAGUAGCUAAGUCCUUGUCAGAGGGGGUGAGCCGGGAGGUUGUCACGGUGAUGCUCCCCAAGCCACUCCUCAAGACCAUACUCAUCACGAGCAACGGAGACAACCUCCUCAACCAACUCAAGGAAGAGCUACAGGAGCACUGUAAAGACGAUGAAUCGCUACUCAACGAGUUUGUCUCAAUCAUCAGUGACCUCUCCGAGCAGUUUGACCCUGUGAACCCUAGCCCUGUUGACCUCUCACCCCUAGAGCCGGAGCCUUCCCCUGACAUGCAGCUGUUGGAGGCACAGUUUGAGCAGCGCAGUGCAGUAGUCCUGUCAGCUGCCCAGCACACAGCUGAUCCGGACUACUGGUUGGCUAGUCCCCCACACGAUGAGAGUGAACUGGAGCCUGAGGCGGUGACGACGGACCUCUCCCAGCUGGCCAGUGAGAGCUGUGCCAACUUUAACCUUGAGGAGGAGCUCAAGAAGCACCUCCUCCCGUCUCCUCCACGAACACCACCCCUCAAGCGCAAGAAGAUCACCUUCACUGGACCAGAGGCUCAGAAGAGGCUCAAGGAAGCCAUGGAGAUGCGUAUCAAGUCUGGCCGGUCAAACCUGUUCCGUUCCAGGAAGCAGAACACGAGUCGCCCGCCCUCCAUGCAUGUUGAUGACUUCAUGCGGGCUGAUGUGUCUCGUAGUGGGCGUGGCUUUGGGCUGGAGCGAGGGCGUCUGGGUGGUCCCCAGGUGCCCUAUAUGCCCCCCAGCAUGUACAUGCCUCACAUGGGGGGAGAUAGUAGUGGCAGGAUUGUCACCAGUAACAGUCGCUGGGUGAGUCAUGUUCCACCUGGGAUGAACUAUCGUAGAGAGGUGGGGGUGGGGGGUGGAGCCAUGAGGACCUCCUGGGGAGACUUCAUGACCUCUGCACACAUGAAGCAGAUGUCCUCACUGAGGUCUGGUUCAGUCUGGUCCAACCUGCAAGCAUACAGUCGUACUACUCGUGGUCUCCCUGCUGGGGGGCGCUCAGUGAUGUGGCCCCCUUCGUCUGACCCCUGGAAGGGCAGUAGUGCUAGACAGGUGUACAAGAGACCAACGUAGUCAUGGAACAAAAAUUAUCAUUGACUAUAAAAUAGAGAUAUUAUGGAAUUUUUUUUGUGGAUUAAUUAUACGUAUUGUGGCUGCAUGGUUGAAUCCUUAUCAUGCUGAUGAUAAUUAUUAUGCCUACUGCAAA